AUUACCGGCUUGAUUCGACACAACUUUAUCUGUCAUCGGCGAUUACAAACAAAUUUUGCAACAAAAAGCCCGGAUUUAUCUCAAUAUAUCAAUUAAAACCUCCCUUAAACUCGCUUGAAAACUAAUUAAGGGUUAUAUAAAUACCAUAAAAUGUCGAUUCUCGCGUAUAACGGGGGUGCUAUGGUAGCGAUGAAAGGGGAUAAAUGCGUGGCAAUCGCCACCGAUAAACGCUUCGGUAUUCAAGCUCAAACGGUGUCGUUGGAUUUCCAAAAAGUAUUUCCCAUGGGUACUCACCUAUAUGUUGGAUUACCUGGAUUAGCGACCGAUACUCAAACUGUUAUGGAAAAACUUCGAUUUCGCAAAAAUUUAUACGAACUAAAAGAAAAUAGGCAAAUUAGCCCGAAAGUUUUUAGUGCGAUGGUUUCGAACAUGUUGUACGAGAAACGUUUUGGACCAUUUUUCGUUGAACCAAUUAUAGCUGGGUUGGAUGUUAAAACAAUGGAACCUUAUGUAUGUAAUAUGGAUUUAAUCGGGUGUCCGAAUGAACCGGAAGAUUUCGUUGUUGGAGGAACAGCUUCCGCUCAAUUAUAUGGGAUGUGUGAAACUCUUUACGAACCUAAUUUAGGACCCGAUGAGUUAUUUGAAACUAUUUCCCAAGCGAUUAUGAACGCGUUUGAUAGAGAUGCAAUUUCUGGUUGGGGUGCAACUGUUUAUAUUAUCGAGAAGGAUAAGGUUACCAUGAAGGAAUUGAAGACGAGGAUGGAUUGAGCUAUUAAAAUAAUGAUUUAUUUUAAUUUUUGUGUUAUUUAAGGUCUUUUCAUGAAUAAAAAUUUGAAGAAAUAUAAA